UCCCCCGCCCGCCGCCGUGUUUUUGCCGCCUUCGGACGCUCCUUUCCAGCAGCCUGUGGCUUCUCCAACGGGAAGAACGCUCCACCUGCAGCCAGAGUCAGGCUUCAGAACGUGGCCCUUCCCCGCCAGUGUUGCAUGCCCCGAGCCGCAGUUUUCCCCAGUGUUUUUUACCUGGCCUCCCCGGGUCUUGAGGAUCAAUAUGACACAGAAAUCGAUAAAAUGGACAUUUGUUGAGUUUCUGCGCGGCCAAGGACUAUGCAAAUACUGUACCUGCCGUGUUUAGUCGUCAUUACUUGGCGUUCUUAGAACUCUCAGUUCCCGGAGUCUUAAGCCCACCAAGGGUCCCGUCAUUUUCCUCGCGUAACCAGUGAGCCUGGGAGAGAGGAUUCGACACGAGCUUGCUCUCUGUGGACGCCCAGACCCCUCUGCUCCCCAUGGGCAGCUGUCAGGCGGGCCACAACCUGCAUCUCUGUCUGGCCCACCACCCACCUCUGGUCUGUGCCACUCUGAUCCUGUUACUUCUUGGACUCUCUGGCCUGAGCCUUGGCGGCUUCCUCCUGACACACAGGACUGGCCUGCGUAGCCCUGACAUUCCACAGGACUGGGUCUCCUUCUUGAGAUCCUUUGGCCGGCUGACCCUGUGCCCUGCGAAUGGGACAGUCCCUGGGAAGUGGCAUGGGUCUCACGUGGUGGGCCUGCUGACCACCUUGAACUUCGGAAAUGGUCCAGACGGUAACAAGACUCAGACAUUCCAAACCAAGGUCCUGGGAAGUCAGAUGGGAUUGAAAGGAUCUCAUGCAGGUGAGCAGGUCCUCAUCACAGCCAGGGUGACCACAGAAAGGACCCCAGGAACCUGCCUGUAUUUUAGUGCUGCUCCAGGAAUCCUGCCCUCCAGCCAACCACCCAUAUCCUGCUCAGAGGAGGGAGCAGGAAAUGUCACCCUGAGCCCUAGAAUGGCCGAGGAGUGUGUCACGGUCUGGAGCCAUGAACGCCUUGUGCUCACCAAGCUGCUCACCUCGGAAGAGUUGGCUUUAUGUGGUUCCAGACUGCUAGUAUUAGGUUCCUUCCUGCUUCUCUUCGGCCUUCUCUGCUGUCUCACUGCUAUGUGCUUCCACCCGCGACGGGAGUCCCAUUGGUCUCGAACCCGGCUCUGAGGACACUCAGUGUAGUUUCUGGCUUGUUCUCAGGUGUGAAUCAAUUUCUGGACCUCGGUUCUAAGUUGAAAGAUAUGUUACAAGAAGUGAAGAGCUGGACUGUGGUGGGAAAUAAAAAGCUCUUUUUGCCCA